GUUCCGCUCAUUUCACGUGUGUGUUCGGUACGGGCUGUGUCAAUUUUCUGGUUAAUUUUGCCGAUUUUCUUAAAGUUUUGGGAGUACAUUCGUGUUGUAAGAUGUCUCAAAACGAAGUUGACCUCGACCCUGAAGAUGUCGAGUCAAACUCCACCGCGCCCAAAGCGAAGAAACACGACAGCGGGGCGGCGGAUCUUGAGAGAGUUACGGACUACGCGGAAGAGAAGGAAAUCAGUGGACAACGGCUUACCAAUGCAUUUGCAGCCAUACACCACAGAAUAUCACAGGAGAAAUCAGAAGAAAUUGAAAGAGAGCGAGAAUUAGCCAAAGUUGUCAUCAAGAAGACAGAUGUUGAUCUGAUUAUUCAAGAGCUGGAAAUCAGUAGAACGGAAGCGGAAAGAAGCCUGCGAGAGAAUAAAGGGAAUCUAGUGGAGUCCUUGAUUCAUCUCACUAACUGAUGGCAUGCAGCAUUCACCAUAACAUCUUGGAACCUACCCCGCACUGUACUCGAACCCCCAAGGGAGCUGGUAUUAUAGCCGGGCUUCCAUCUAGAGGGUGAUUUGGAAUUCUCAUGUCGGGAAUGGAUCUUGUAUAACCGUGCCAUUGCUUUGAGAAAACAUAAGCUUUAAGUUGCCUCUGAGAAUUUGACAGACUCGACAUAGAUCUAAAGACACUCAGUGCUUAGUUGUGGCGCACAUCACUUCUGAUUAUUUAUUGACUCUUUAAUUUGAAAACAUAGGUUUUGCAAGUAAUGUGUUUUUUUUUAAGUAGUGUUCGGUGUAGUGUAUGUAACCAAAUGGUAUGGAUUGAGGCAAGUGCUUAGAAUUUGAAACAGAAAAGGGGAAAUUUUCAUGUGCAUACUGAUCAUUGGAUUCACUGUUAUUUCAACACACAAGUAUUAUUUUUGUGAUAUUCUUGACGUCAUUGCUCCGUCAGUUACUGCGAAGCUGGAUGCAACUUUUAGUUUUCCAAAGAAAUGAUAGGGAAAUUGGAGGUGUUGAACCUGUAGCCCCCUUAUGCCCAAAUGAAAACUGGAUGAAAGGAGGGGUCUGACUUACCACCCCUAGGUAUGUGAAAACUUACAUUAAAGGGGUACAUACAAGUGGAUGGUGGUUAGGGUUCCAAAACAUCCAGCGCGGAAUGAUUGCAGUGCCUGUAGAAAAAAAUUCUCUGAGUCCAUUUCAAUGUACUUGUACUUGUACCAUCUGGGAUUUCACCGACUGUGUAGGCCUUGUAUAUGUGCAGUUAUUUUCAGGUGUACGAGUUCAUGAUCUGAUCAGCUCUAUGUUUAGGUUAUUUUAAAUCAUCUUGCAGUUGGAGGAUUGAGGACCGUUGGGGUUAACGAAUACAUUAUACAUUUGCUGGUCUUCAGUGUUCAAGAUCAGAUUGGGAGAACGGCAUUUUCAGCAUCCAUUCUCUUGAUGCUGUCUUUACAAUGAACAUUUCCAACGAUUUGAUUUUAUGUAACCAUACUUCAUUGCUUUAACAGCGUGUGUCCCUCUCACAAGAAGUUGAUCUCCAUACACGGACACUGGCGUGCACGUGGCACAUACUGCACGAGGUGAUGCACAGCUAGACAGUGCUUCAUCAACCGUUUACGGCCAGCCACAUGACAGGCCUCCAAUAGGGAUGGCUAAACAGUCUUUACGAAUACAUGUACAGGUUUAUUGUAUUCCUAAAUCACUAAAUCUCAUACUGAGCCUAACUGCUACAUCCCCCAAAAUGCUUUGACGACUUGCAUGUCGGUGGCUUGAUGAGGGGCAAGCAGUGUUGUUGACGAUGUAGGAGACUUCACAGCUUGUGGGUUUGUGCUUGGCUAAAUAUAAUGUCUGACAGGCCAAUGCCUAUGCUAAGUUGACCAAAGCAAUUUUCCUUAGUGGUUUGAUUGGGGUAGGAACCUACAUGACUGUAGGGUGGACCCUUUGCUCUGUACAUUGUAAAGAGACAUUUAGAUCACCGAGUUGAGUGGUGUUGUAAAAUGAAUAAACCGUGAUAGCUUUAGAAAAAGA